GGGAAGGGGAGGGACUCCCGGCCUUGGGGCCUCACAGGCGAGCUCUGCCUCCCGAGAGGAGGAGGAGGAGGAGGAGGAAGGGGAGGAUGAGGAUGAGCUCCGUGCCCCCAGCGCUUGCCAGGCUCCGUGUCCCGCUCAGGACCGACACCAUCACCCUCAGUGGAUGGCAAUGAAGGAGCAGACUCUGGGCUGCCCACUCAGGAACGGGGGAUUUGAUCUCUGGAGGAAAUGAAGAGACUCUGAGGAGAUUCCUCUUCGCUGUCGACGGUUCGGGGAGGAUUUUCCAGCAUGCAGCGGGAAGAGGCAGGGCAAAGGAACGAGGAUGAGGAGCCAGAGGCUCGGGCAGCCCGGAGGAGCCGAGGCAGCGGAGCGGCAGCCGGAGGGUGGGCGUGGGGAGUGGUGCUGCACUUCUUCCUGGUCAACGUGCUGGUGAUGGGGAUGCUCAAGACCUUUGGGAUUUUCUUCGUGGCUUUUCGAGAGGAGAUUGGGGGAUCUUCAGAGCAGCUCAGCUGGAUCGGCUCCAUCAUGUCCUCGCUGCGUUUCCUGGGAGCCCCGCUCGUGUCCGUGGUGUGCCAGCGCCUGGGCGAGCGGCCGACCUCCAUCGUGGGCGCCGCGCUGGUGGCCGGGGGCUGCCUGCUCAGCACUCAGGCCACCAGCGUCCCCUUCCUCUGCUUCUCCAUGGGACUGCUCCUGGGGUUGGGGUUUGCCUGCCUGUACCAGGCAGGGGCGGUGAUGACGGCCAAGCGCUGCAGGGCACGGCUGGCACUCUCCAACGCCCUGGCACGCUCGGGGAUGGGGCUGACCUUCCUCAUGGCCCCCUUCACCCAGCGCCUCAUCGAGUUCUACGGCUGGCAAGGAACUCUCCUGAUUUUUGGAGGCAUCAUGCUGAACCUGGUCCCUUCCAGCAUGUUGUUGUGGCCCGUCACCACCCGAGUCCCUCGGGAAUCCRCUGAAAAUCAACACCGGGAAUCUUCCAUGGCAAAAAAGGAUCCCGAAAUUCCUGACAUAUGUUCACAUGGAAGCACCCACGGAGAAUUACAGCUCCACAGUGCACAGGAGGCUCCAACCACGGAGAAACUCGUGAUGUCCCACRGCUCUGAUGCAGCAAAUCCGUCUGGAAGGUUCCAGAAAUCCAGCCCAGAGGCCACGAGAAGCUGCAGAUCCCUACCAGGCACCACAAAAGAACCUUCCCAGCCUCUCCUGGAUUUUUCCCCACUCAAGGAUCCCGUGUUCUUCAUCUUCACCUGGUCAUUCCUGUUCAGCCACUUGGCCUAUUUUGUGCCCUUCUUCCACCUGGUGGCGAGGGCCAGGACGCUGGGCAUGAGCAGCAGGGAUGGCUCCUACCUCAUCGCCGUGGCUGGCAUCACGGAGAUGCUGAGCCAGCUGCUCUCAGGCUGGGUGGCCGACCACAACUGGACCAAGAAGUACCAUUUUCAUGUCACCUACCUGCUCCUGAGYGGGGUCACCAACCUGCUGGGGCCACUGGCCACCACCUUCCCGCUGCUCCUCACCUACACCGUGGCCUUCGCCCUCUUCUGCGGGGGCUUCAUGGCCCUGGUGCUGCCCGUGCUGGUGGAUCUGGUGGGUGUGGAGAAGCUCCACAGCUACCUGGGCUUCGCUGCCUUCUUUGCAGGGAUAGCAGCCAUGGGAGGACCCCCUUUAGCAGGGUGGCUCUAUGACUACACCCAGACCUAYGUCUGCUCCUUCCUCUUCGCUGGAGCCUGUGCUCUCAUCUCACCUAUYUCCUUCUUCUUCGAGCCUUCAGCCCAAAGAUGGAAGCUAAAAAAAGCCAGUUUGAACAAGAACCCCAGGUCUGGMUGAAGUUUUAAAGGUUGGGCUUUGCAAAAGCCAUUGCCUGCACUGGGAAAUAUCAAAGGUGGCAACACCGAAAAUUGGAAUUUUUGGCUGCCAUUCAAUUUGUGUAUUGGGGUAUUUCUCCUGAUUAAAGCCAGCUGAGAAAUGCA